AUGCACCUCCCAACAACCACUUUUAUCUUCCUCCUAACCUCCACCCUAACCCUCGCCUCCCCCAACCCAUCCCCACCAACAUGCGGAACCUGCAACCCUCUCUCAGGCGAAAACCACUGCGAUGUGACAACCUCGUGCAUCAACACCGGCACGCGAUUCCACUGCGCCUGUCGCGCGGGAUAUAAAGCCUCCCACCAGAACAACGACAUCACCAAGCAGUUCCGGUUGAAUGUCCCCGGGUAUCAGUUCUUGGUCUUCACGCCCGAAUUUACCCAGUGUGAUACGCUGUGCGAUAAUCCGUAUGGCGCGAGUGCGCAGUUGUGCUCGGAGGUGCCGAUUUAUGGACGGUGUGGGGUUUAA